AUGUUCUCGAGACAGGCUGUUCGCACCCUACGAGCGGCGGCUCCCGCUUCGCGCCUCGUCGCCCGCGCCCCGGCCGUCCGCACCUACGCCGCCGCCGCGGCGACCGAGGCCGUCAAGCCCCCCGUCGCCGUCUUUGGCCUCGACGGCACCUACGCCACUGCCCUGUACACCGCCGCCUCCAAGACCUCCUCGCUGGACCCCACGGCCAAGGCUCUGGCCACCCUCGACGCCAUCUUCGCCAAGGACCAGAAGCUGGCCACCGUCCUCGCCGCGCCCACCCUGACCGCCGAGGACAAGGCCGCCAUCGUCGCUGAGCUCACCAAGCAGGCCGGCGCCGGCUCCCAGGAGACUGUCAAGAACUUCCUCGCCGCCCUCGCCGAGAACAACCGCCUCGGCCUCCUCCCCGGCAUCACCCAGAAGUUCGCCGAGAUCAUGAGCGCCGCCCGCGGCGAGGUUGAGCUCACUGUCACCAGCGCCACUCAACUCGAUAACAAGACCCUCAACCGCCUCGAGAGCUCCAUCGCCAAGUCCUCCUACGUCGGCCAGGGCAAGAAGCUCAAGGUCACCAACAACGUCAACCCCGAUAUCGUCGGAGGCCUCAUUGUCGAGAUUGGCGACCGGACCAUCGACCUCAGCGUCUCUGGCAAGAUUGCCAAGCUUAACAAGCUUCUCACUGACACUUUGUAA